UUGACGUCUAUAAACAACUUUCUGUCUAACAUGAUCUGAGAGCGUAGUCGGAUGUUACAAACAAGAAGCAGGAGAGCACUUUAGCUACCGGGCACCGAUUAACAGAGAAACGGGCAGACAAAGUUUUCGGAUCGGGGCAGAGAGGGCUUAGUGAAAGUUCUUCGAAGUGAAGUUGAUGUGUUUUCGGAUAUGAGAUUCACAUGCAGAUCGAUCCGUGUCUGGGCCACAAACCCAGCCUGCGUCCUGUUCCUGUUUGGGCUUCUACUCACAGCAGGUUCAGCCUCAUCAGAUAUUGUCCCACAGACAAUAACAGCCCAUGUGACUGAAACCGUCGUCCUGCCCUGUCGCAUCACUAUCGAUGAUGAAUUCCCUACGGUGGAGUGGUCCAAGGAGGGCUUGAGGGAAAACAUCAUCACCUUACUGUACCGGGACGGCUGUGAGACGUUUGGGAUGAAGAAUCCGGCCUUCCACUACAGGACAAACCUUCUUUUGAACGAACUGAAGGACGGAAACAUCUCUCAAAUCAUUUACAACCUGAGGGUGUCUGAUGGAGGCAGGUACCACUGCAGGACCUUCAGGGGGAGGCAGUGGCAGGUUCACGCGAUUAUCGUCCUUAACGUGGGUGCCAUGUCAAAGCCAGAGCUCACAGUUGUUCCCUCCUCUGCUGGUGGAGUGACCUUGGAGUGCAAGGCGGAGUGCUGGUUCCCAGAGCCUGACAUAAUGUUUCAUGAUGAUGAAGGGAACGAGAUGACGGCAGAAAAACCCACAAGAGGUCCAAACUCUGCUGAAUGUUUUACUGUUACCAGGAAAGCAGUUGUUCAGACUCCCAUCAACAGAGUGACCUGCAGAGUACAUGAGAGAAAGCUCAAUCAGACCAAGAAGACAGAGAUUUACAUCCCAGAUGACUGGAUGAGGUCUCGCUCAAACACUCCAACCAUCACAGGAAUCGUCACUUCCUUCGUGAUAGGGUUAAUAAUAUGUGGAAUUGUUUUCCUGAUAGACAAAAAAUCCUGCGGGAGAGGACUUCACUUAUGUCUGUCAAGAAAUGGAAAUAUGAAAGAAGCUGUUCAAGAGAGGGAAAAGACAGAUGGUAGUGAAUACAGACACAAUGGUGCCUCACAGGAAGAGCAGUCCACAGAUGACUCCAGAACCUCACUAGAUGACACGGAGCCAUCAGCCCAGCCACCCAGUUACAACGCGUCCACAGGACAGGACACGUCCACGAUGCAAACGCCUGAAAUGACUGCUGAAAGAUCAAACAAAACCCCUAGCUUACUGAGCAAUGACAGACCUAGGUCCAUGUCUGCUUCCCUUUCCUCUUUGCCCUCUUCCAAUAGUUUUCAAAAGACCUUAAGCUACCAGUCAAAUGCCAAUGAGAGCUCAGAGGCACUGUUAAAUAAACAAGAAAACCACAACAACUAAAAUGUGGCAAGGACUAGGCCUGUCACAAUUUAGCUCGAAAUUAUUGGACUAACUUAAAAUGAACUUGAUCAUUUCUAUUUCCAUGAAAUUAGAAUAGGAAUUUUAUCUCCAGAUAAAACUUGCAGGGUAUUUUUUUCUGGAGACAUCCUUAUGUGUUUCAUUUUGUUGUGUGUUGUUUUUAUUUUAUUGUGUUUUGGUUAUUUUGUGUCUUUUAGAUAUCUUAAGAUAUCUUUCAGUUCCAGUGUUAAGAGCUCUUUACAAGAUUUAAAGUUUUUAGAUAUUUGAGAUUGAAAACUUGCCUUGUUAUGCCAUUGUCAGUAUAGUUCAUGAAAAUGGUCUCAGAACAUCCUAUAGUUUAUCGCAAUAACCUGUAGGAAAAAGCAUUGUCUAGCAAAACUGACAGUGAUGGGCCUCAAAGGAUCAGGACAAAAGCCUACAAAACUGUAAUUUAAAACCAAGUAUUUCAAGACUUCUGCUCAGCGGUUCCUCUUCAGUUUUCUUAUCCUCGGGUUUCAAUCUCAAAAGUGUACGUUGUUUUUAGAACAUCUCUGCUCUUCUUGUACGAAAAAGAUAUUACAACUAUCGCCGUAUCCAGUUCCACUUUUUGCGCCACUGAAGCUGUGUGCCAAACUCCUGAGGAUGGGUGUCACGUCAUACAUUUGCAAAUAGAUUCUUGAUUUCCCUUUUCUUCUUUUACAAAUCAUAAGUGGUCUUUUCUCUCAUGCUAUUUCUACACCAAUGACUGCACGUCGCAUCAUGACUCAGUCAAGAUAGUUACAUUUUUGGACACCACUACUGUAGGGAAUAUGAUCUAGUAAUAAUAAAACUGCACAUAGCAGAAGUCUCCUCACUAGCUGACUGGUGCACAUAAAACAACUCGAGUCUCAGCAUAUAUGAAACCAAGGAGACAGUUGUCGAAAAACAAAAAUAUAAUGCACCCACUGGUCAGUGUUGGAGUAAACGGUUUAUUGUGUCUAGGGACCAUCAUGACCUCUGAUCUUAAGUGGUACGAUCGUGUCAGCCAUGUUGUCAAGAAUUUACACCAAAGUUGUGUCCUUUCUUAAAUGUGUCAACAUUUUACUGUUACUUCCAGUCUUCAGUCUGUGUUCUUAUUCAUGUUUAUCUUCUGAUAGACCAGGAGGAUUUGUUUUUACAUUUUACCUUUUCAUUUGGUAUAUGUUCAAGCUGUGUCAAGUUUCUGUAAUGUAUUGUUGUGUUGGAGCAACAAAGCAAAACGAGUUUUAGACGUAUUGACAAUAAAGUAUCGUCUUGAUUUAA